UUACGGAAGGGGCGGAGCCACCACUUCCGGCGGGGCCGUCCCUGGAGUAGAGAUGGCGGCGACGGCAGCCGAGGUUGCGGCCUCUGGCUCUGGAGAGGCCCGGGAAGAAGCUGAAGCUCCGGGUCCGGCCUGGGAUGAGUCCCAGCUACGAAGUUACAGCUUUCCGACCAGGCCCAUCCCACGUCUGAGCCAGAGUGACCCUCGGGCGGAAGAGCUCAUCGAAAAUGAGGAGCCAGUGGUGCUGACCGACACAAACCUUGUGUAUCCUGCUCUGAAGUGGGACCUCGACUACCUGCAAGAGAAUAUUGGCAACGGAGAUUUCUCGGUGUACAGUGCCAGCACCCAUAAGUUCUUAUACUAUGAUGAGAAAAAGAUGGCCAAUUUCCAGAACUUUAAGCCAAGGUCCAACAGGGAGGAAAUUAAAUUUCAUGAGUUCGUUGAGAAACUACAAGCUAUACAGCAGCGCGGGGGAGAAGAGCGGUUGUAUCUGCAGCAAACACUCAAUGACACCGUGGGUAGAAAGAUUGUCAUGGACUUCUUGGGUUUUAACUGGAACUGGAUUAAUAAACAACAGGGGAAACGUGGCUGGGGGCAGCUGACCUCUAACCUGUUGCUCAUCGGCAUGGAAGGAAAUGUGACACCUGCUCACUAUGAUGAGCAGCAGAACUUUUUUGCCCAGAUAAAAGGCCAUAAGAGAUGCAUCUUAUUUCCUCCGGAUCAGUUCGAGUGCCUCUAUCCAUACCCUGUUCAUCACCCUUGUGACAGGCAGAGCCAGGUGGAUUUUGACAAUCCUGACUACGAGAGUUUCCCCAAUUUCCGAAAUGUGGUUGGUUAUGAAACAGUGGUUGGCCCUGGUGAUGUUCUUUACAUCCCAAUGUACUGGUGGCACCACAUAGAGUCCUUACUAAAUGGGGGGAUCACCAUCACUGUGAACUUCUGGUAUAAGGGGGCUCCCACCCCUAAGAGAAUCGAAUACCCUCUCAAAGCUCAUCAGAAAGUAGCCAUCAUGAGGAACAUUGAGAAGAUGCUUGGAGAGGCCUUGGGGAACCCACAAGAGGUGGGGCCUCUGUUGAACACCAUGAUUAAAGGCCGUUACAACUAACCUGCCAGAGGUCAAGGCCUCCUGCCAGGUGACUGCUAUCCUGUCCACAUGCUUCGUUGAUGAGGACGGAACACUCCAAGCACUAGUAUUGCACGCUGCACUUAAUGGAUGGACUCUUGCCAUGGCCCUGGAGGCAGGUGUCUGAGGCAAGGCAGGGGUAGUUGACUGCACUCCCAUUUGGAAAGGUUUCUCACCCUUGCCUCUUGAGCCCCAGAAACUUCUCUCUCUGCCCCCCUGAAGUCCUGCAUUUAGUGUGUGGAGUCCCAGCUUCUGGUUGUAAUCAUGUCUGUGUUAGUUAGUCUGUUAACCUCAGGGUGUGUGUGUGUACAUGUGUGCAUAUGCAUGUGUGUAUAUACACAUGCAUGUAUCUGUUCCUUGUUCCCUCUUCCUUGGUCAUGAUGUCACUUCUGGCUCUCAGCUCCUGUCUCCUGAAGCCUCAGUGCCUCCGCCUGGGAGAGGAGAUGCUCCUGUAUCCCUGCAACAUCUGGGCUCUGUUGCCAGAAUGAAUCUGCACAUCAGUCUGCCUUCUGCCAGUUUUUGCAGCAUAGUCAGGCUACAAACCAGGUGGCAAUAACUGCUGGGACCCUAAUGGGGACAUUGAGAUGGAGACUAAUUUUUGGAAGCCUAGGUAACCUAGUGGAAGAGGAUUAGAUAGGGUUCCAGUUGAGAACUACAUGCUCAAGCCAUACAUAGAAGGAAAACUUGGGGACCUACCAACAGAGGAUUGUGCAUAUGUCCAAAUACAGGCAAAUGCAGCUGUUCUCUUUUAGUACCAGCUCUUGUCCCUGUGCUGCAUUGAGGGGAUUCUAGCUCUGACUUCUUUGGGCUCCAGGGGUAUGAACCUCUGCAUGUGUGUGUACACAUCUGCACACUUGUAUGUAUGUGUGUUCACACUUGCCAUCCUUCUUGCUCACUAAGGUUCUCUACUGCUUACAUUGUCCAAUGUGACGGUAGUGUGAACCUCAGAUACUGCCUGACUUAGCCUAGAGCUUUUAAACUUGGAUUUUAGCCAUCCUAUCUUGGUCAGAUCUUACUGCAGCCUACCUAAAGCUGACUGGCUCAAGCCUCCAGGCCCUAUGUCUUUUCCUGUCCACAUCCCCUGCUCCUGCUGAGCUUCCUGGCUGAGUAGAUGAAAUGGGGUCAAACUUAGGCAGCUAACUCCAUACCUUUCAUCCACCUCAGGGCAAGGGAAAAAAUGUCCUCUUGCCUCUUAGAACCAGCGCCUCUGCCAGAUCCAACAAAGCGUCACAUGACAGGUGGAGUAGACCUGGUAGAACUUGGAGAUAGAAUUUACUUUUCUGUUGGUAGCUAUUUGUGGGAAACACUCCUGAAGGCUGCAGCUCCUCAUAGCUGGACAGCUCAACGUUACACAACACAGAGCGCCAUCAUUCACAUCUGUUAAGAGGGAAUGGGGGCCCUGCAGCUUGGCAGAGUGGUGGCCCUGUGUCCAUUUACCUCAAGUCCCUUUUCCAUCAACCUUUUCUCUAAAAUCUAAGUUGGAAGACUGAUUUUAUUCUUUUCUUUGUCACCUUUUAAUCCUUCCCUGUAGAUUUGACCUCGGUGUCCAAGCUGUGGGUCUUAGCCCUGAAGCUCAGCUUACAGUGCCCCAUGGACUAAAAAGAUGCAUGUGUAUGCUUGUGCACCCCUGUGUGCAUUUAGGGGAGGGAUCUUUAGUACCCCAUUCUGGGGACUCUGAUGCAGUGUGCGUGUGCAGACCUGGUACCUUCUGGAGUAUAGCUCUUUAAAUACAGCAGUGCUGGACAAUUUGAUUGCAAUGAACUCCUGCCUCCAUCUCUUUUGGGAAAGAGGAUUGCAGCAGAAGAGCGAGGCAGAGCAGUGUCAGUUUGGCCACCAUGGCAGAUGUCCAUUCUCAGCAGAUCUGUGGUCCUGGCCUACCCUCAGAGGUGUCAGGGAUUUGUAGCAGAGAGUCGGAAUCUGCUUGGUUGAUCCUUCAGUAUAUACUCUGCCUCUCACCCGUCUGUCCUAGGGUGGCUGGGAGCAAGGAGAGAAAAGGUGAGCUUUGGGACCAUCAGGAUUGGCCCUGAUGCUGGUAUGUCGUCAUAGCUGUUCCUGAUUUUAGAUACCUGAUUUGUACCUAUUGUUUUUAGCUCUGUCCCUCACAAUGCUGCAUGGUAGCUUCUUACUUCACAGAUGAAGAAACCACUCAGAGAGUAGGUGAAGAGUGGUAGUCAAGAUCAAACCUAAUGCUGUUUGGCUAUAAACCCACCCCUCCCCUGCUCCUCCAUUUCUUCCAAAUGCUGUUGGUUCUCUACCUCACCUCAAGCCUUGAUCCGUAGGCAGUGUGCAGGCAGACUCGGGCAAGAGGGUGUGGAAGGGUGAAAGGCUUUGGGGGUUCCAGCUGGAGACAUGGAAAAGCUGCCUGGAAAGCCAUUUACAAGCGAGGGGUCUGGGAAGAAGCGGAAGAGUGAGCCCCAGCCCUGCUGGGGAGGGGGUGCUGUGUACUCUGGAGUGUAGGUCCUGUAGCUCCUUGCCAAACUGCUGCAUGCUGAGAGGUAGCUGUAGGUUCCUUGGUUCUGCACAGUCACUUCCCCCUGGGGAUGACAUGCAGGAUCUUACCUAAGUUAGGGCUGCUGAGGCUCCAGUUGUACUUGCAACAGAGCAAGCAUCGAUACAGUGUCUGCCCAUUCUAGCCAGCAGCAUGAGAGUCAGAUGUGCCAAGGAAGGUGGAGACAUGGGCUUGUCCAGGGGUCAGCCAUGUUGCAAACUCUCAUGUUUAUACCAGCAGUACAGUAAAAACUACUGUUUUGUGAAGUCAAAUAUUUGCUGGGGGGUUAGAGUUAUGGGGUGGAGGAGGGGCUGUUCUGGGCAUCAGUUGAGCAGAUGCCCAGGAUGCCUGGGGGAGACCAGCUUCCCCUACAAAUCAGAGCUCUAAAUUACAAGGUUUUUACCAACGCGAACAGUUGGGGGAAGUCGUCUGCUCUCAUUUGCGUAAUGGUUUCUGUCACUGGUGAUUAGACACAGGAUGAAGGAAAAGAAAUUUGACAAUUAGGAAUGAGCCAUCAUUAAUCUGAAUCUGUUAGGAGACAGAGAGGGGAAGGAUCCUUACUAGUGGGCCAGCCUAGUAUGGGGAGACACUCCCUGUCUAUGACCCCCGGAAUCUUCCGGGCCUAGAAUCCUUUUGGAAUUCCCACAAGUGUGGGUAGAGCUUGCAUGCCUUCUUAGACCAGGAGUCCUGUCCCAGCUUGAGGUGGGUUUGCAAACAGACAUCUUUCUGCUUGAGCCCUUGAAGUUGAAGGUAGAUGAGUGAGUGGUGGGCACAAGCCCUGGGACACAGUACAGUAGGCUAGGUUACCAUGUGCUCAGUUAGGAAGGGUUUCUACACUGUUGAGCUCCACCUGUGACAGGGAGCUGUCACUUCCCAGCACUUGAGCUUAUGCAGGAAACCGGAUCUUUAUCAAACCCCAGACACUGGUGGAAGCUGGGAAGGAGACCAUAUGAAGAGUAGCAGAGCUGAGGUGUGUGCAAGGAGAGGUGUUGUGAGGAGGAGCUGGGUGUAGCACAGGCUGCCUGGAGGAGACAUCCUCAGGCCUCUCAGGGACAGUGACUGACUCUGGAGCAGUGAGCCAUUGCUGGGGAACAUUGAGGUCCUGGCUCAGUGACCCAGUGCUGUGAAGAGUCCAGCUUAGAUCUUCCUCACCACUCACCCCCGUCCCUUCAAACGCCUAAGAAUAUUAGUCUGUACAAAGUAGUAGUCCUCACCGUUAGUGUGUUCCUUAGACCCUAGGCUCCUCAAGGCUUGGAGGAGGGGGGGCUCCUCUGUCUCCUUUCAUAAUGCAGACUUCUCAAGGAUGGUGCUGUCUCAGUCCUGGGUAAGUUCUCUACCUCUGUUGUCUUUCACCCUUCAAAACUCGGUGCAGAAUUUAGCAAGGGCUACCAGCAGUGACCCUGUGACCAGUUUUUCCUAGAUGGGCAGGUGGGAUGGAGAUAGCUCAGGGUUAUAGAGGCCAGGCCUUUCCAGUUCCAGUUCCUCUUGGUGUCCUCCUAACCCAUCUUUAAGUGGAUCUUUGAUCUUUCUUCUACCCAGGCUCUCAGUGGCCUCUUUACCAAGGCCCUUUUCCUCAAAGAAGCUCUCUGGCUCCAAGCGCUGGACAGCUUGGCUGGAGGAUCCCUCUCCACAGGGUUUCUCCCUGUCCCUGCUUCACUUGUGACCUCAGGUAGCUCUAUGAGUGGCUGUGUCCGUCUGCUCUCUCCACUUGCCAUUCCUUGGUCUUUCCAUGCUGGUUCAUUGUCUCACUCUGGUGGUCCUUUUUACUUAUUCUUCAGCCAGCUGUUUAAUUAUAGACCCAGAGGGUCCUGACCGGAGCCCUGGUGAGCACUUUGGGGACAUUUCUGGAGGAACAGGCUCAGAAACUGGUACCCUCAAGGCCCAUGGGCCUGUGAUUAGUGAUUCCUUGGGGACAAUUGGGGAAGAACUUGGAGAGGUGAAGGACUUGGUGAGGAAACUUCGAGAAAGAGGUCAGGCUUGGGAAACCAGGGUGGCAGGAGCGAGCUUUGUGUUUCCAUCUGAGUGUGUCCUCGUGCCUUAGGGUCCAGCAGUUCAGGGAUGGGGGCCAUUUUCUGAAUGUCUCCUAAUUUCUCUCAGGUCUUUGGCUCAGUGUCACCAAGUUUGACAGACCCCUUUGUCCCUGAGCUUGCUUGAAGGAAGCAGUAUGUUGAGUAGUCUGGUGUCAAGAGUGGGGGCCUCCCAGGAGAAAGGCUGGGAUGGCAGGGGACAAGAGAAAGGGCCCAGUGGUCAGCUUAUCACCGGAUGACUCUCUAUUCCUCCAAGAGAAUAAGUACAACAGUUGAUUCAAGAAGCUACUUAAAAACUGCCCACCCUCUUCACCUAAAAUCUGUUCUCAUUUUGGGAAGGAAUGUGUGUCCUUAAUUUUCAAGGGAAGACAGUCUAGUGUUUAAAAGCAUGUGUCUGGGGUCUGGUCCCUUCGGUACAUUUCUAGCUUGCUACUUCCCAGCUGGGUUUGACCUUGGUUGAUUGAUUUAACUGAGUCUCAGUUUCCUUUACUAUAAUGACUUGUGGGGGUGGGGGUUGAAAAUAUCUACCUCAGGGUUGCUGGAUUAACUGAAAUAAUGUCUGUAAAGCUUUAGCAGUGCCUGGCAAGCACUUAAUAAAUGGCUGUGGUGGUGGUUAGAGUAAUGC